AUGGACGUCGACAGAGAGCUGCACGUAUGCCAGAUGGAGGCGGAGAGUGCCUUCUACAGGAUCCUGGCCCCGCGGGGGUUGGAGGAGUGGUUCCGUCUUCCUCGAGUGGAUCUCCGAGAGGUCCGACGCCUGCGCCCAGAGCUGGUGCCGAGCGAGCUCGAGGGGGUGUAUGCCACGCCGCAGCUGCUGGUCCUCGCCAUGGGCUUCUCGUGGUCGCUAUACUUCUGCCAGGAGGCGGUGGAGGCCCGCGUUCGGGCCGCCGGCGCCUCCCGAUGUGACUUCGCGCGGGGCCGCCACGGGGGCCCGGAGCUGGUGAGCGGGCCCAAGGUGGCGGUGUACGUCGACGGAGUGGCCGUCGUCAGCCAGGAUCGGCACGCCGCCGCGGGCCUGGGCAAGAAGGUGCUGGUCUCCCUUGAGGAGGGCGGGCUCCGUUGCAAGGGGCUCGAGGAGCCCGCGAGCGAGGUCAAGUUCACAGGCCUCGUCUUCGACCAGACGGCCAGGACCAUCCGCGUGUCCCGCGAGCGCAUGUGGCGCGUCAGGCUUGCCUUCCUCCACGUCUGCGACAGGGGGUGGGCCAGCGGUGACGAGCUGAUGAUCCUCGUGGGGCACUUCACGUGGGCCGCGCUCCUUCGGAGGCCCCUCAUGUCCAUCCUGUCCUCGGUGCAUAAGUUCUCUGAGUGGGCCGGGAUCCCCGACUCGAUCGGCGACAUCCUGCGUUUCGACUCCCAGGCGCCCCUGGUGAUGCCGGGGCUGUUCCAGGACGUGCAUCAGUUCCUCCUGGCCUGUAUGCUGACGGAGCCAAGGCUCGGCUCAAGGCGUGCUGCGAGCGCGCCUCUCGGCGACCUGGAGCCGAGCAACCUCGCCUUCCUGCAGGCCCACCGCGUGAGGAAGGGGACCGCCCGCUACCUUAUGAAGGAGCGGGAGGAGUUUCAGCAGUGGUGCUUGGAGCGGAGGCUGCCCGUCGAGCUGGGCGACCCGCUGGAUCGGGCCGCGGCCCUGUACGUGGACUGGCUCUACUUCGCGGGCUACAACCACGAGCGCGGCGACAAGUUACUGGCGUCCAUCGGCUGGCACGACCCCCAGGCUGUCCGGCACGGGCCAAGAGAUCCUGUCCGACUUCGGGCGGCCUUGAAGGGGUUCCGCCGGCUGGCCAGAGGGUGCUCUCGCACCCCCAUGCCGGAGCCGCUGCUGUUCGCGAUCAUCGGCGUCAGUCUCCACUUUGCCCCGCUGGAGUUCAGCAUCGCUCUCGCGACAGCGUGGGACGGGGCGCUGCGGGCCCCGGUCGAUCUGAUGAGCAUGACCGGCCGCAGCCUCGUGCCGCCUGCGAGCGGGAGCCCCAACAGGCGCUGGGGGCUCCUCCUGUACCCCGAGGAGGGGAUGGGCCGCAGCAAGGUGGGCGGCCACGACGAGGGCGUGCUCCUGGACUCCGCGGCCGCGCUGUCCAUCGGCGGUGUGCUGCGGAGGCUCAAGGCCCAGACUGCGGACGACAGCAAAGUGUGGGGCUUUUCGGCGCACCAGUUUCGACGGUGGUUCAAGACCGCAGCCGAGGCCAUCGGGCGGCCGCGGCUCCAUCCGUAUCAGAUCCGGCACGGGUCUGCAAGUCACGACAUCUUCCACAGACGGCGGACGUUGCCAGAAGUCCAAGAGCGGCUUCGCCACGCCGCCGUCGCCAGCACAGCCCGCUAUCAGAAGCACACUCGCUACCUGGCCGAGCUCGGGAAGGUGUCGCGAGAGCUCAGGGACUUCGCGAGCGACGUGGAGGCCCACUUCAGCGAGCUCGUGACCGGGCAAAGGCCCCCUCCAGCCUGGGCCGGCGCCCCCAAGCGUCGGCGCGGCCAGCAGGGCGAGGCUCUGCUCUGA